AGGGGCUAAAGGCGGAAGCUCUGUUUGUUUCUGGCCCUGGCGUUCGCGCGUAACAUAACCAGAGAGCUGUCAACUUUCUGGAGUUCAUACUGAACACAUUUACAUGAAGUAGCUGGCCAAACACCAGCGGGCUUGCUUGUGCGGGAAUGGGAGCUAACAACAGCACGCGCCGUGUGUCUUUUGAGUCGGAUGAGAAUGACAACAUAACGAUAGUGAAGGGCAUCAGGCUCUCCGAGAAGGUCAUCGACCGCAUGAGGGAACCCUCAGGCCCACCGAGCCCCCGGGUUCCCAGCAGGCCCCCUCCUGCUUCUCCCCCUGUGGUUGAUCCUCUGCCAGCACUGGUGCCAAUAUCUCCUCCUCCACCUGACCCUGUCACUCUCCAUCCACCCCCUUCCUUGCCAGAGCGGGUAAAACUCCCUGAGCAAGUGACCACUCCUGCACCUCCUCCUCCUCCUCCACCUCUUGAAUCAGUGGGUGUUUUAUCAACCCCUGCAGGUGAGUCCAUUGCUCCACCUGCUGCAGCAUCUGAGCUUCUUACAGCAUCUCCACCUGUGGAUAUAAUUGCUUCACCUCCUUCUUCCACACUCACUCCUUCUCCUCCCAUUGCUGAUUCUGUCACCGCUCCCCCUGCUUUUGAGCUUUUCACACCUGCCGCCCCUUUAGAGUCUAUUCCUACCUGUCCCAUCACUAAACCUGCUUCUGAUCUACCUGUGGAACUAACCGCCCCUUCCCCUCCUCCUGAACCCCCUUCCUCUGCCCAAACUGCCCUGCAGCCUCCUUUGACUGUAGAUCAACCUGUGGUUUCUCCAACAGCACCACCACCUCCAACCGUGGAUGAGUCUGAACUGAGGAGGAAGAUCACAGAAGAGCUGCGGAAAGGCCUGGAGGAGGACCGAAGAAAGACACAAGAGGAACUCAACCAGUGGCUGGAAAAGGAAAAGUCUCAGGCUCACGCUAAGGCUCAGGCAGAAGCUCAAGCCCAGGUAAAAGAUGAGGUGAGCAGGAUCCUCGCGUUAGAGAAAUCUGGUGCAGAGGAGACCAUCCAGAAGGCCAUCCUGAGAGAAAGAGUCUCUGCUGAAGAUGAAAGACUACAAGCUCAGAUAUAUCAGAUGGAGAGAAAGGCCAGACAGUUAGAGGAGAGAGACAAAGAGCUCCGGAAGCAGGACGCUUUCUACAGAGAACAAGUGGCCAAGCUGAAAGAAAGGAGUUCCCAGUUCUACAAAGUAACCAAUGAGAACUAUCACAAGGCAGCAGAUGAGGUCAACGCCAAGUUCAAGCGAUAUGAAAUUAGUCCAGUAUGUACCGACCUUCAGGGGCAGAUUCUGAAGUGCUACAGAGAAAAUGCUGGGAAAACACUGCUGUGCUCCAACAUCGCCUCUCAGUACCUGCAGUGUGUCAACCAUGCUAAACAGGAGAAGUUGAGGACUGGAGGUUAAGUCACAGAGCAGGAAAAGAGGAAGACCUGUUUGUAUCUGUGAUCUCACCGUUUAUCGACUGUUGCCAAUGAAAGACGCCACCCGGAGACACACCUGGGCAGAAUCUGCAGUGAAUUGAGAGAUAAACCCUUGAACCUUCCUUUGCUUUCCUAUACCUUUCCCCCUCCACUUUCCUCCUUCCUGUUACACAGUAAAAGGGAAAAGAACAGAAUCCAUUAGCAGUGGCGAUCGUAGGUUGAACUCGAGCGUUCUGAGCACCCGAACCAGAAAACACACGCUAUUUUUGGUUCACAAAUGAUAGCACACAGAGAAAAAAAGGCGAACUAGACACCAAAUAUAGCUCACACUAGACCCAUCCAUUAAGGUGGUUCUAGAGUUGGUUAGUUACUGUAGCGUCACUUAUCCAAUCGUCUACCUGUGAUCCAUCCUGCUAACCCACCAUCACACUCUACAUUGCUCUAGUCACAUCUUAGUUGUGUUUUUGCGUGAUGUUCGUUAUCGGUUUUUGUUGUGUCAUUCACAGGAAUCAGGUUUGAGCUCCUGAUUUGCGUUAAAAAUAAAACGUUCAAAACCCAAGCAACUUC